UUGGAGCUUUGUAUCCAUAUCAUCAAGAGGAGCAACAAUCCAUCAUGGCUUGCGUAAACAUGGUUAAAAUGCAAAAAGUUGAGGAGAAAAUGGUAAAAAAGAACGAGGAAUGCACUCUGGACGGAUCAGUCGAUAGGAAAGGCCAACCGGCAGUCCGUGAAAGAACAGGAUCAUGGUUUGCUGCCAUCCUCAUACUUGUGAACCAAGGGCUAGCCACGCUGGCAUUUUUCGGAGUAGGGGUGAACUUGGUUCUAUUUCUGACUAGAGUGAUGGGUCAAGACAAUGCCGAAGCAGCCAACAACGUGAGUAAAUGGACCGGCACUGUCUACAUCUUCUCCCUCUUGGGCGCAUUCCUGAGCGACUCUUAUUGGGGCCGUUACAAGACUUGUGCCAUCUUCCAGGCCAUCUUUGUUGUUGGCUUGAUAUCGUUAUCUCUCUCAUCAUACAUAUUUUUGGUGAAACCUGAUGGAUGCGGCAAUGAAAGCACUCCAUGUGGGAACCACUCAAGCUUUGCGAUGGCUAUGUUCUACGUGUCAAUUUACCUUAUUGCCCUUGGAAAUGGAGGGUACCAACCCAACAUAGCCACAUUUGGUGCAGAUCAGUUCGAUGAGGAUCACCCCACUGAAGGACACGGAAAAGUGUCAUUCUUUAGCUACUUCUACUUGGCAUUAAAUCUUGGAUCACUCUUUUCAAACACCAUAUUAGGGUAUUUUGAGGACAAAGGGACGUGGGCAUUAGGGUUUUGGGCGUCUGCCGGUUCUGCAAUCGUGGCGUUGAUCUUGUUCCUUGUGGGCACACCACGGUAUAGGCAUUUUGAACCCACUGGAAAUCCUUUAUCAAGAUUUUGUCAAGUGAUGGUUGCUUCAAUCAGGAAAUGGAAGGUUAUGAUCCCUUCUGAUGGUGAUGAGUUAUAUGAAGUUGAUGGCAAAGAAAAUCCCAACAAUGGCAGCAGAAAUAUUCUCCAUACCAAAGGAUUUAAGUUCUUGGAUAGAGCUGCGGUCAUCACCUCGAAGGAAAACUCAAUUGAGAAUGCAGAUAUCAAAAGCCCAUGGCACCUUUGUACCGUGACACAAGUUGAAGAAGUGAAAUGCAUACUAAGACUCCUUCCGGUAUGGCUAUGCACAAUCCUCUAUUCCGUAGUAUUCACCCAAAUGGCCUCUCUAUUUGUAGAACAAGGAGCUGCAAUGAAAACCAACAUCGCAAACUUCCAUAUUCCUCCAGCAAGCAUGUCCAGCUUUGACAUCCUCAGCGUUGCAGCCUUCAUUUUCAUUUAUAGACGGUUUCUUGAUCCUUUAGUAGCCCGUCUAAAGAAAUCCAAUUGCCCAAAAGGCUUAACUGAACUUCAAAGGAUGGGGGUCGGCCUUCUCGUAGCCAUACUAGCAAUGAUAGUAGCAGGCACUGUUGAACACUUCAGAUUGAAGUAUAAAGACAACGAUUGCUCCAACUGUGAAGGGUCGAGCACUUUGAGCAUAUUCUGGCAAGUCCCACAAUACGUUCUUAUUGGAGCUUCGGAGGUUUUCAUGUACGUAGGGCAGUUGGAGUUCUUUAAUGGGCAAGCACCAGAUGGGCUAAAAAGCUUCGGAAGCGCGCUAUGCAUGACGUCAAUUUCGCUGGGGAACUAUGUGAGUAGUCUGCUUGUGACAAUUGUGAUGAAGAUUUCUAGUACUGACAGAAUGCCUGGAUGGAUUCCUGGAAAUCUAAACAAGGGUCAUUUGGACAACUUCUACUUUUUGUUAGCCGUUUUGACAACUGCUGAUUUUGUGGUCUACUUGUUAGUGGCAAACUGGUAUAAGUACAUCAAGUUUGAAGGGAGAAGUGAAAAAGUAGAAGGUUGCCAACAUGUUUGAAAUUCUAAUUUAUUCUGUUUGGAAUAAUUUUUUGUAACAUAAUAAUGCUUGGUUUUCUUUUUCCCUCCAUUAAUUGAUGCCACAGAAACAA